AUGACCAGCCAGUCUCAGGGAAUCCAGCAGCUUUUGCAGGCAGAAAAACGUGCCAAGGACAAACUGGAAGAAGCCAAAAAAAGAAAGGGUAAAAGGCUGAAGCAGGCCAAGGAAGAAGCCACAGCCGAGAUAGACCACUACAGACUACAAAGGGAGAAGGAAUUUAGAAACAAGGAAACAAACGUAAUGGGGUCCCAAGGUAACCUCUCUGCCAAAAUAGAAGAGCAAACCACAGAAGCCAUCCGAAACCUCACAAGCAGCUACCACAGGAACAUGGAGAGUAUGAUGAAAAAGCUCCUGAGCACAAUAUGUGACAUCAGCCCUGAAAUUCACCCAAACUUCAGACCUGCUGUUUAA